CAUGAUCAACAGGAUGUUACUAGCAACUUCCUUGGAGCAAUGUGGUUGAUUUCAAUAACUUUUCUAUCCAUUGGAUAUGGUGACAUGGUACCUAAUACAUACUGUGGGAAAGGAGUCUGUUUACUCACUGGAAUCAUGGGUGCUGGGUGCACUGCACUGGUGGUAGCUGUGGUGGCAAGGAAGUUAGAACUUACCAAAGCUGAAAAACAUGUGCAUAAUUUCAUGAUGGACACCCAGCUAACUAAAAGAGUGAAAAAUGCAGCGGCCAAUGUACUCAGGGAAACAUGGUUAAUUUAUAAAAACACAAAGCUGGUUAAAAAGAUAGACCAUGCAAAAGUAAGGAAACAUCAACGCAAAUUCUUGCAAGCUAUUCAUCAAUUAAGAAGUGUAAAAAUGGAACAAAGGAAACUGAAUGAUCAAGCCAACACUUUGGUGGACCUGGCAAAGACUCAAAACAUCAUGUAUGACAUGAUUUCUGACUUAAAUGAGAGAAGCGAAGAUUUUGAGAAGAGAAUUGUUACUCUGGAAACUAAACUGGAAACUUUAAUUGGUAGCAUUCAAGCUCUCCCCGGACUGAUUAGCCAGACAAUCAGCCAGCAACAGAGGGAUUUCCUCGAGUCUCAGAUACAAAAUUUUGAUAAGCAUGUUGCCUACAGUGCUGAACGAUCACGAUCUUUGUCAAGAAGAAGGAGAUCAUCUUCCACAGCACCACCAACUUCAUCAGAGAGUAGCUAGAAGAGAAUAAGUUAACCACAAAAUAAAGACUUUUUGCCAUCAUAUGGUCAAUAUUUUAGCUUUUAUUGUAAAGCCCUAUGGUUCUAACCAGAGUUAUCUGGGUUCUGAUGUCAGAAUCCUGGAAACCUGAACAUGUUUUAGGCCAAAAUGAGUGAAAACUCUUUUUUCCCCCCUCCUCCUCUCAGAUGCACAGUGAAUGCACCUAUUAUUGCUAUAUUAGAUUGUUCCUCCUGUAAUUUCACUAACUUUUUAUUCAUGCACUUCAAACAAACUUUACUACUACAUUAUAUAACAUAAUAAAAAGGUUAAUUUCUGCACAUAGUUGCUUGGUUACUUGGACUUAACAACUGAAAAAAAGCUCACAAUCAAAAGGCCUAAUUAAACUUUUAAGAAACAAAAUUGAAGCUUAAUAAUCAUCUCUCAG